AUGGCUUUAAUUUUGAGUUUUGUGGAGGUUUCGAGGGACACCAAGUACAAAAAGCCAACAAAAACAAAACAUCCUAUACAAUUUAUAUUCUUCUUUGCCAUAUUAUAUCCCCUAACAUUAGCAAUGUCUCAAACACCAACGACCACGGCCUCCACUAUGACCAUUGUCCUCAUAACCGUGUUUCUAAUAGUGGCAACAUCGGUUACAGGGCAAGGAGAGGCGGCCCCUCCUCCAAUCGCAGGUAUGGUUUGUGGGGCGGAUUUAGGUCUAUGCGCAGCGGCGCUUGUAAAGGGAGGAAAACCAUCAGAACAAUGUUGCACAGGCCUAGACAAAGCGGUGAAGACGCAGGUGAAGUGCCUCUGUGAUAUCCUUAUGAACCCUAAGAUAUUGGCUGGCUUCAAUCUCACCGUCGAAAAUGCUCUUCUAAUCCCUAAGAGUUGUGGCAUCGAUGCUGGAUCUUCUAUGUGUUCUGGACCACCUGAAGAUGACAAGGGUGUUGCAACCAAACUCGCGGGAACUGGAUUGGUCGGCAUCGCCUUAAUGACGAUCUCUAUGAUUUUCUAUUAAAAUUGAAUACUUUUUGAUAAAAGUUUCUAAGAAAUUGGUUUGGCUCCUUGUAAGUUAGUUAUUUAUAUAUCGUUUUCCUUCCGAAUUUUGAAUUUUUGGGCUUCGAUAUUGUUGUUAUCGUCAAAUCUCUGAUGUAUUUUGAAUUACAUGUUAUAUUAUCUCAA